UCAGCCUUUGCUUGCUUCUCACACGCGCACCGCACACAAACACUGCUAGCUCGCUAGUGAACCCAGAGAGGAAGGAGGCCAAGCUCGAGAUGGCAAUGCCAAUCGUGAGCGCCGCAGCGGGGGUGAUGAACCCCCUCAUUGGCAAACUCACCACACUGAUGGGAGACGAGUACAAGAAGCUCAAAGGAGUGAGGAAGGAGGUGACUUUUCUCAAGCACGAGCUCAGCGCCAUGAAUGCUUCCCUUGAGAAGCUGGAGUUCAUGGAAAAACUCGAGCCAAAUACCAAGAACUGGAGGGACCAUGUCAGGGAGAUGGCCUAUGACAUGGAGAAUUGCAUCGAUGACUUCAUGCAGGAUCUUGGAGGUGCCGACGCCAAGCCCAGUGCAGGCUUUGUGAAGAGGACUGUUCGGCGCCUGAAGACACUGAGGGUGCGGCACCGGAUUGCCGGCCAGAUUGAGGAGCUCAAGGCUCUUGCAGUAGAGGCGAAUGAACGGCGAAUAAGGUACAAGAUUGAUGAUUGCAAUACUAGUUGUGGCUCUGUGGAUAUUGAUCCGCGGAUUUCAGUGAUGUACAAAGACGCUGCUGGACUUGUGGGUACUGAUGGCCCAAAGAAGGAGAUUGUCAGUUUGUUAACAGUCACCGAGAAGAAGCUCAAGGUGGUAUCCAUCGUGGGAUUUGGAGGACUGGGUAAAACUACCCUUGCUAAUCAGGUGUAUGAUGAUCUCGAAGGGCAAUUUGACUGUAAGGCAUUUAUUCCUGUCUCUCAAAAACCAGACAUGCCACGGCUUCUCAAUAGCCUAAGCUUAAAGCUUGGGAUAAAUGAGUCCUCCGGUAUUUGUGAGGUGGAAGACAUCAUCGGUCAACUUAGAGAACACCUUGCAGACAAGAGGUAUUUUAUUAUAGUCGAUGACUUGUGGGGUGAAGAAGCAUGGGACAUUAUAAGAUGUGCUUUUCCAGAAAAUGGUAACGGGAGUAGAGUAAUAGUAACCACACGAGUGGAAGCCGUUGCAAUCUCAGCAUGUUCAAAUCACUAUGAGCACAUCUACAAAAUGAAGCCCCUCAGCUCUGAAGAUUCGAGAAAGUUAUUCACGAGCAGGGUAUUUGGGUCUGAAAACAAGUGUCCAUCUAAUUUUGAGGAAGUUUCAAAUGAAAUUCUGAAGAAGUGUGGCGGAUUGCCACUUGCAAUCAUUACUAUAGCUAGCCUAUUGGCUUCUCGUCGAGAAAGAUCAAGGAGUGACUGGGAGAACAUAAAGAAUUCUCUAGGUGCCCAGUUUGCCAUAAACCCCACUCUGAAAGGGAUGAGGAGUAUAUUAAACCUCAGCUAUAUGAAUCUUCCUCUUCAUCUCCGCACCUGUUUUCUUUACCUUGGUAUGUAUCCGGAGGACUAUGAGAUUCAGAGGGAUGAUCUAGUCCGAAAAUGGAUAGCCGAAGGCUUUGUCAGUAAUUUGCAUGGAGCAAAUUUAGAGGAUGUUGGGAUAAGUUAUUUCAAUGAGCUAGUCAAUAGAAGCUUGAUUCAGCAUGUAAUGACCUACAACGGGGUGUGUUGCAAAGUACAUGAUAUGAUGCUGGAUUUGAUCCUAAGCAAGUGUGCAGAAGAUAAUUUUAGUAGUGUGGCAUAUACUUCUAAAGAGAUGACAAGACUGCCUGACUGCACUUACAAGAUCCGUCGGCUGUCUCUGAUGUCAAUUAUUGAUAGAACAACAAACGAAACAAUAUCUUGGACAGUUUCGGAUAGCACAUCACAAGUUCGGUCAUUGGUAUGGUUCGGAGCUUGCAAGUCCAUACCUCGUCUUUCUCAGCUAAAGCAUAUCCGUGUGUUAUCCUUUGAAUAUCCAGGUUCACCUCAGAGAUCACAUCUGGACCUCACUGCUAUCAGCCAAUUGUUUCAACUGAGGUAUUUAAAGGUUUCAUGGCAUUUCUGUGCAAAGCUUCCAACUGAAGUUCGGGGGCUUGUGCAUUUGGAUACAUUGGAUGUAGUAAAGGGAGGCAUCCCAUCAGACAUAGUGCACUUGCCUCGCUUGUCUAAUCUGAUAAUGAGUUACUGUGGGCUGCCUGAAAGGAUCGGGAUCAUGGAAUCACUUCGCACACUCCGUGGUUUCAAACUGCAGAGGAGUUCGCUGGAGGCUGUUGAGGGCCUUGGUAAGCUGACUAAUCUGAGGAGUCUGGAGCUUCAUACCUGGGAUGGUGAUAGGUGCAAUCCGCUGGAGAAGGCGAAGUUUGAUGCUUUCGCCUCUUCUAUUUGUAAGCUACGAAACCUCAAAUAUCUCCAGAUCAAUGGCAAUCAUGAUGAUAAGGACGACAUUUUAGGCUCAGUUUCAGAUCCUCCAGCCCUUAUCGAGGAAAUGUACCUUAUCAGCUGGAAGAUCUUGAGGGUUCCUAAAUGGAUCGGUGAUGUCAAUUGCCUGCAUAGCCUGGAAUUAUCUGUUAGGGGGACGAAAACUGAUGAGAUUACUAUUCUUGGAGGACUGCCAUCCCUCGUCUACCUCAAGCUUAGAGUUGCGACAUGCCCUAAAGAAGAGGCUGUUAUCGUCAGCAAGGGAUUAUUCCCAGUUCUGGAGCGCCUUACAUUCAUCUCUGACGAGGGUGUUUUAGCAUAUCUUGAUUUCGAGGCAGGAGCUAUGCCCAAGCUACGAGACCUCAGUCUGCAAGUCAACCAAUUACCACUGUGGGGUGGACCUACACCAGCCGGCAUGUUGCACCUCUUAGACCUCCAGCAAAUCAGUUUUACUGCAUACGGCAACCACGAGGAAUCAUUUGGACAAGUGAAGCUCGAAAUCCAGUCUGCAUUUAGGAACGCCCUGCAGCUGCACCCAAGCCCUCCUUCCUUGGAUAUUAACUGUCACACCUGGUCGGUGAAGCAUGAACGGACCACGUGCAGUGAGCAAUCUGCCCCUGGGUGCCCUCUACUGUAACUUUCGUCGUUUCCUCUGCUAUAUGCUAUUAUGCUGUACUACCUCCGUCACGGUUUAGAAGGCGCGCUUGGAAA